AGCGUCUAAGACUUCUGAAGCUGAUGCUCAGGCUUCCCUCAUAUAUGACUCGGUCAUGUAUAUGUACAUUCUCACAAAAAGUUCUCAUUGCGACUUCCGUCAAUUGCUUCUUGUGCCUAUCCUUCCAUUCGACUUGCGUGCGGGGUACCAGCUCGCACCCCUCUCGCUGCUUGCCGACUCAGUCCAACAUUUGUCCCAUUACUGCAGUCUCGAAGGAUGGCAAGCAAGCCAGCCUCCGGUGAGGCGCGCAUCACGCCAAUCGAGAAGGACGAUUACGAUGAAUGGGAGCGGCUGUUCAGAUUGUACAUCGAGUUCUACAAGUCCUCGCUCCCAGACGCACAAUAUCCCAGGACAUUCGAGCGCAUUCUCAACCCAGAGAAAGACUUGCAUGGUCUAGUACUGCGGGACUCGAGUGAUCGUAAGAAGUUGUACGGGCUUGCGCACUACUUCCCCAUGCAGACACCAUGGGCCGAGGAGCAACUGAUGCAUUUCAACGAUCUCUACAUUGAUCAUGAGCUUCGCGGCAAGGGUUACGGGCGAAAGAUUAUUCAGGCGGUCGCGGAAGAGGCUAAGAAGCAGGGGUGUACACGCUUGCAGUGGACGACACAGCACGGUAACCCGGCAAGGAAGCUGUACGAUGAGCUGGCUACAUGCGAGUUUGUGCACUAUCGCAUGAAUUUGAAGGACUCAUAGCUGAGUUAGGAAUCAAUGUUUGAAAAGAGCAAUGAAGACCUCUAGGGCUCGUCAUCGAUACUUGAAUACAGACC